AUGGCACUGUCUCCAUUCCUGGACAGGCAACUGGGCGUCUUCGAUCCGUUCCUCUCGCCGGAGAAGCGGAUGUGGGAUGCGGCGCUCUCGUUCUGGGACCGCGACGCCGACGGUCACUCGCGCCAGUUCGCGCGGGACGUGAGCGCCGUGGCCAACACGCGCAUCGAUUGGUGCGAGACGCCCCACGCGCACGUCCUCAAGGCCGAUCUCCCCGGGCUCGACAGGAGCGAGGUGAAGAUCCAGCUCGAGGAGGACCGGGUGCUCCAGAUUAGCGGCGAGCGCAAGAGGGAGGAGAGUCGGAAGACCGAUAAUUGGCACCGGGUGGAGCGAGCUCACGGGAGUUUCCUCCGGCGGUUCUGGCUCCCGGACGAUUCUAACGUGGACGCCAUCUCGGCCAAGGUCGACCAUGGAGUUCUCACGGUCACGGUUCCAAAGCUGGCUUGCGCGGCCGAGAAGAACAACAACGUGAAGCCGAUCGACGUCCAGUAA